CAAGGUACUGCAGUUGUGAAGACCGUGGAACUUUUCUAAAGAAACAAAAGAUCAAAGAAUUAGAAAUCUUUGUUUUUACUCUUUACAGCUGAAAAUAAAUAUUUUAAAUAAAAUUCGAGUUAUGGCACCAAAAAAGAAGACAGUCAAAUACUCAAAGUCACAAAUUAAAGUGAUUAAUCCUAAGGAAGUAGACAACAUGUUUUUGCUGGAAAACCUACACAGCAGGUUUACAGAUUCAUAUAAACGUUGGAGAAACAAAGCAUUAAUUUUCGGCGGUUCACAUCUGGCUGUGGUGAUUAUUGUUAUAAUAGUGCAGUGUGCACAGGUGAUUGUAUUUCAAAUACCUGACAAGCAACUGUCCCGGACAGUAAAAUCAGCCAUAGCUACAAUCCUACCGAGCAUAACUGCAGCUGUGCUUUCACUACAAAUGAAAUUCGGUUGGAACAAAAAGCAAGAUAAAUCAAAGAAAAGUGCAGCUUUGUUCAAUAAGCUUCUUAAAGACACUGAAUAUCGAAUCAAAAUGAUGGAAGCUGGCGGAAAUUUCAAAGAUGUUGAAAACGUCUGGAACUCUGGUCUUGCUAAAGAAACCAAAGAAGUUCCAGCUUUUAUUAUGGCUUACUGAACUUUGUAUGUAUACUAGUUAUACUGUAUAUGGUUUUAUAAAGCUGGUUGAUGAUGUAAUAAACAGAAUGAC